UUUGUUUUGAUUUCGCAUUCGGCUCCGCCGGUCGUGUGCGGUUUUUGCGUAACAAAAUCCAACUUCAAAUCGCCGCCGAUUCCGUGAUUCCCGUGCCCUCGUCGAGAAUGCUGUCCCUUGCCCGUAGUGGCGGCACGCUUCCGCGGCUAUUUCACCAUUGCCGUGCGGCGCUUACUUCAAACUUUCGUCCAAAAUCAACCGUUCCGUCGCAGCAGCAGGACCAGGAUUACGACGGGUCGUCGGAUGAAAUCCGGAUCAACACGAAGCCGCAGCACCAGCGGCUGGAGAAGCGCGGACCGCUGAUGAAGAACAUGUUCGUGGGGGUGGUGGACACGGAUCUGCUGGUGUAUCCGGAAUCGCUGAACCGGGACGAGCAGGCGCGGUGCGUGGCCGAGCGGGAACCGUUUGAGGACGGGGGGAGGGCGUUGGGAGGUUUGGGCGUGUUUGCGCUGCAGUCGCCGUUGAAUUUCGGGGGGAGGGCGCUGAUCGAGACGGAGUUGGCGUAUUUUAACGAGGUUAUUGGGGGGAGGGAUUUGGGGUUGGGGUUGGUGGCCGGUCAGCAUAAUGCGAUUGUCCAGCUGGUGACGCGGUUUGGGUCGGAGGGGGUUAAGGAGCGGUUGUUGGGGGAGUUGAGUGGAGGGGAGAGUACGGUUAGUGCGGCGUUGUUUGAGCGGGAAGCGCCGACGGGGGGGACCAUGUUUGGGACGGUGGCCACGCUUGGGGCAACGAGUCAGGGUUGGUUGUUGAACGGGGAGAAGUCGUUUGUGCUGGACGGGGACCGGGCCCGGUGGUUGCUGGUGUUGGCCUCGACGAAGCCGGUCGAGCAGAUGAACGAACUGGACACGACCAUUACGGCGUUCCUGGUGGAUGCCAAUGCCAACGGGGUUAAGAGGAGCGAGGCGGACGAGACACUUGGAUUGAACGGAGUUAAGCAGGUUUCGGUCAGCUUCAAGAACGUGGAGGUCUCGAACGCCAACAUCAUUGGUACCGAGGGCAACGGAAGCCAGGUGCUGGUCGAACUGCUCAAGUCAACCCGCGUUCAAACGUCCGUGCUGGGAGUUCAGCAGAUGAAAAAGUUCCUCAACCAACUGACCAAGUACUGCAUCGAAACCAAAACCGGCGGUGGCCACCUGAUGGACAUUGAAAACAUCCGCGAAGAGUUGGCCAAGGCCAGUGCGGCCAUUUACGCGGCCGAAAGCAUGAUCUACAUGACGACCGGACUGCUGGACGACUUCGAUGGGCAGGACGCCGAAAUGGAGGCGGCCAUCACGAAGAUCUUCACCGGCGAACGACUCCUCCAGUUGGCGCUGCUCCCCCUCAAGUUCGUCGGACCACAAGCGCUCGUGCAAGGGUCAACAUUCGAACAACUUCUCCGCGAUUCCCUGCAGUUCUUCGGCAACGGAGAAACACUAGAUUCCAUCAAGUUCUACGUGGCCCUCGCCGGUCUACAGCACGCCGGCUCCUCAACCCACGAAACGAUCCGCAAAGAUCGCAACCCGGCCAUGAACCCGUCCCACGUCAUCUCCCGCCUCUUCGAGAAGAACACGAUCGACACCCCGAAGCAGUUCUGCAACCUGGAGCACUUCCUCCAUCCGUCCCUGGACGCUGCAGCCCACUGGAUCGAGUUCUCCGUCGUGCGGCUCAAACUGGCCGUCGAGUGCGCCCUGUCCCGGCACGGCACCGAAAUCAUCCAGCGCCACAUCGAGCUGGUGCGGGUGGCGGACGUGGCCGUCCUGCUGUACGCCAUGGUGGCCACCGCCAGCCGGGCCUCGCGCUCGUACUGCAUCGGCCUGAAGCACGCCGACCACGAGAUUCAGCUGGCGAACACGUUCUGUCGGGAGGCCAGCGAACGCGUGCACCGGCUCGCCAAGGACCUCGAGCAGGGACAGUUUGUGACGAACGAUGCGAACUACGACGGGAUGGCGCGGUAUCUGUUCCGGCAGAAGGGCUACUGCUUCGAGCAUCCGAUUGCGAAGAACUUUUAAGCUUUGUUGAUUAAAAAUAAGAACAAGUUGUAAGAAUGA